CUCUCUCUCCCUCUCUCUCUCUCUCUCUCCACUCUCACUCGCACACACACGCACAUUCAGUUGGCCCUGUUCCGUCUUGGCACUCAGUCGCUCGCGUAUCCGCGCGGUGUCUCUCCUCCCGUCUGCGUCAGGUGGCACCUUCCCCCCCAAGCUCCCUGGAAUCAUUCUAAAAGAAAGAAAGAAAGAAAGAAAGAAAAAGAUUCGUUUAACAAAACCACAAAGUGUCUGUUUCGUUUUUGUUACGGAGUGAUAGUUAAAUGCUGGAUGAAGGUUUUAAGUGGAAAUAGAUUUGCAGUUGAAUUCAACUUUGGAAAUUACUCUCUUUGAUGUUACUUUGACAUAACCUGGAAUUGCUUUGUCUAGUUGUGGAAAAUAUAAAUAUAUAUAAAUAUAUAUAUACAGUAUAACCCCCCUUGCUCGCUUAGUGAUUGCCUACAGCAAGUAGUCAGGCUUCCUUUGAAACUCAAUGUAUUUUUAAUUUGGUGGUGACUAUGGGUGACGUGGGCGGCGCCCCUGUACUGUGGCCAUGAAGAGAUCAACAGCGCUCCGCCCAUGCCCUUCCACACCCGUCCCUUUCCUACCCACCACCACCACCGCCUCCGCCGCCGCCGCCCGAUUCUUCUCAGCCCACGCCCGCGCCCUCUUUUGGAUAUGGGUGGCCCUUCUGAUUAUGGGGGCGCGCGGGGGUGGAGAUAACUCGGUCAACAAAGGGGAGGUGGGCGAGAAGGAAUGGGGAGACGUGGGCGGCGAGGACCUCGUCUCUCUGGCCGAGUUGGAGGACCCUCUCCCUCCGCCCACGACGCCCCCUCUCCCCGCCCACGUCACGCCCGCGUCCCUGCAGUGCGAGGACCUGUGCGGCCACGAGGAGGCGGUCAGCGAGUCGGCCAUACGAGGGGCGGAGCCCCUGGCCCUGAAGGUGUGGUGUCGCAAUCACCACCUGAGGAUCACCUCCCUCUUCGACGUCUUUCCCCAGUGUGUUCCCAACAACACCAAGAUCUUGGAUUUAUCAGGCAACGGGAUCACUCGGCUGCCGGCAGGAGUUCUGUCUCACCUUCACAUCCUCGAGAAAUUAGAUCUGAAGAAAAACGACAUCAGCAUCAUAGAACCAGGAGCUUUUGCUAAUCUCACCAGCCUCCGGAAAUUGGACCUCGCCAACAACGCCAUCGGUAGCCUGAACGCCUCCCAGGUGCACGGACUGCAUAAGCUGCAACGUCUGAAAAUUGGCCGAAACCCACUAGCGAGAUUGCACGAGGGCAUUCAAGACGAACUGGAAAGUCUGAAGCUUUUGGAUGCCCCGGAAGCCGAAUUGGUUUGUGAUUGCGGACUUCGCUGGCUGACGCAAGCAAUUGCCGACAAGCAGUUCCGACUGUCGCCGGGAACAAAAUGUUUCCGUCCGAGGUCUCUCAACGGAACGCAGAUCAAGAAACUCUCUCCACAAGAGAUGCAAUGUCAUGGACCGGGUCUCUCCGUGGUGGAACUCGAACCCGGCCUUGAUCAGGUGGUGUUCGCCGGCGACUCUCUCAGGCUGCGUUGCAGGGUGACCAGCGCAGAGGAAGGUCACAAAGUUUGGUGGGUGAGGGGUGACGUUCACCUCGUGCCUCGUCACCCGUCUACAACCGGAUCUACGACGGUAACGGGUUACUUGGAACAGCAUCAUCAACACCAGCAACGCGGAGGUGCCGUCAUCAAGACAACUUACCUGCCUGAAUCCAUCGAAAGCAUGGUCGAAAUUAAGGAGCUGAAUGGCACUCACAGUGGCGAUUGGUCAUGUCUAGUCCAAGGAGAGCAAGGAAACCAUACAACAAGUACCAUUAGCAUUUAUGUCAUCACCCAUGACACCAGAUAUUGCCCAAUGAAUACCACAAGUAAUAACAGAGGCUCAUAUGUAUGGCCAAGAACUGUAGCUGGAGUAACGGUAGAACUAGCCUGCGCGGGAUUGUUACCUCACCUUAGGGGUAGUUCAAAGUAUCCUACAAAGGCUUCUUUAAAGGCAGCGGCCGCAGGUGUAGCCAUCUCGCAAGCCAAACAUGCCUGUUCUCCUGAGGGCUACUGGGAAGGAUUGGACACUUCGGCAUGUCCUUUUGUGUCGGAAACUACGAAAAUCCUGGAGCAGUUUGCUUCCACCAAUAUACCAGCCAGUAAAACAAGUUUGGCCGACUCCACCAGGAGCCUUCGCAACUUCACCCGAGAUGGCAAGAUCUUGAGAGAUCCAAUGGACAUUAUCUUCUUAGCUAAAACUGUUGAACAGUAUACUAGUUUACUAGGGGCUCUUUCAGGACCCAAGGAGACAGCUCUCGUGCUCAUUGAAAUUAUCAGUGCUUCCAUGGCUGCCGCUCAAGAUUUGUUGUAUGCUGCUGAAGUCUUGGAUGGAGCUUGUCAGAGGCUGGUGAAAUGCCUAUGGGAAGUAGCAAAUCACUCACCCAAGCUGACCCGAGCACCAGCACCUCAACUAGAGAUGCACCAGUUUGCCCGACAACCAAGCACUUUCUCUGGCUUGACUUGCAACUGGUAUCGCCGUAGCCCACACAACACAGAGAGACACUUUCGGUGUAAUACUCAUAAUUACUCAAUGUUAUACAGUAGCGAGGAUGAAAUUAUGGAUGCACAAAUCCAGGUUCCUUCUAGCUUGUUUCGGAAAGAGAAUCUGCCCGCAAUGAAUUCAUCAGAUGACCUUGAGGAAUCUGCAUCUCAGUCUUCUGUCCAGCUACAAUUUUUUGUAUAUCAGACUGCAAACCUCUUCCCAAGAGUGAUGGCAAGCAAAUCUGACACCUGGGAAGUCACUUCUCCAGUCAUAGGGGUACGUGUUAGUGAUCAGGACGAGGACAUACUACUUGAUGAUCAUGUCUACAUAACUUUACGUUCUGCUAUUUAUAGCCAUAAUAUUAUGCCUGUUUGGUGGAAACGAAAUGCUUCAGGAACACAAGGGAACUGGACCAGUGAAGGGUGUAAAAUUGAACAAGAAUGGAACUCUCUGAUAGUCUUCCGUUGUGAUCGACUAGCUCAUUUUGGGCUGUUACAAGACAUGGCAGCAUUACAUCGAAGUCAAGCUGGUGCCAGAGGUGCAGAAUUUAGGUUAAGUGCCCCAGGAGUGUAUGUGGGAAGUGCUAUAUGCAUUUUGUUUUUAAUGGCAUCUAUUAUUACAUGGGCAGCAAACCAUCAUUGUAUAAAUACAAUGAACAAAAAUAAGCACUCCCUGAUGAACACAUGGAUUGCCCUUUUGCUCUUAGUGACACUUUUUACAGUAGGCGUUUACCAAACUGAAAAUCAAAAGUUGUGUCAGGGGAUAGGUGUUGCUCUUCAUUACUUGACAACAUGUGUACUUCUCUGGAUCAUAGUAACUGUCACCAACUUGUACAAGAAAGUUACAAAAGCACUGAGACCUCCUGUACCAGUGGAAGAACCCCCACAAGACAUUCCUCUUCCUCCAAAACCCAUGCUUAGGUUUUACCUUGUUGGUUGGGGCAUAGCACUUAUACUAUGUGGUAUAUCUGCAGCCGUUAAUCUCCAACAGUAUGCUGGCUACAGUUAUUGUUUCUUAGCUUGGGGACCAAGUUUAGGAGCAUUUUAUGCACCUACUGCUGCUCUUGCUUUCAUCUUGUCUACAUUUUUCCUUUUAACCCAUUGUAUGCUAAGGUCACACCGCACUACAUACAAUGAAGCUACUGGAGCCACAGAGACAACUGAGUUAGAACUACUGGAUGCCAACUCACCCAAUUCUGAAAAUGUAAAUCCUGGGGCUGAAGAUGAGCUGAGUAUUGCCUCACGAGAUACUACUGUUAGUGUAUCAGAUGGCCAGCAUAGUCCAUUAACACAACUGAGGGCUCAUGUAGUUACACUUUUAUUGUUCAUUUUGACAUGGGCAGCUGCUGCCAUUACAACUGCUGCACCAUUUGCCUCUGUUAUUCCUCAUCAUAACACCAUCUUUAGCAUUAUUUAUGCUAUUUGUGCCAGCAGCCUUGGUAUUUUUAUAUUUGUAUUUUUUUGUUUUAGUAGAAAUGAUGUUUGGGAUGCAUGGCGCGAGUAUUCUUGUGUCUUUGCAAGGCAAAGAAAGGAGGAGGAAGAAGUUCAUUUAACAGCACCUGUUAACAACAGUGGUGCUAAUCACAUUGUACCAUCAAAUAAUCAGGCCUGUGGACCUGUUGGAGCUCCAAGUACCCAUAGUCUUGAGUCAUCACAGACUCACCAAACAAACAAGUCAUCUUCAGUUUCUCAGAGCAUUCUUACAUCAAACAAACCUGAAAGUCUUAACAAGGCAUCUAAUAACUUACAACUUUUAAGUUUAGGCACCAUGACAAAUGACCUCCAUUAUGCUCCAGAAAUAUUUUACAAUCCAAAACAAGCUGGAGUUGCAAAGAGGUUUUUCCAGAAACAGCGCCUUCGUCAGAUGGUAAAACAAAAUAAUCUUGAAGUUAAUAGAACAGAUAGUGAUUGUAACUCUACUGUUUACAAGCCCAAAAUUUCUCGAUCUAACAACUGUGAACCAUCAAAAAACAACUUUGAUCCAUCUUGUUUAGGAGCUUCAAGUAAAGUAAACAAUACCAACAUACAUGUAGACUCAAUGUAUGGUUAUAUUCCAGCUGAAUUCCAAAAGGGUGGUGGUAAGCAUGCAUGCAAGGAUCCUACACCAGAGGUACUGUGUGUACUGGGACCCAACACUGACACUACCCCUAUGGUUGGUAUUUACCCAGCUAUGACUUCUGGUAGAGCUGUUGAAAUUGAUCGUGGUUGGUCUACUAUUCCAAGAAAGCCUCGAGCUUAUAUGGAAGAACCUAUCAGUCCAAUGAGAAGAGUUGGAUCAUUUCCAAGUAUUGUUGAAGAAGGUAAUUUGACCUCCCAAGCUACAAGUCAAAGCUCAGCUUUGGAACAAUUACCUUACUUACCCCAAGAGUUACAGCAGCCACAGCUAUUUAACUAUCCAGUUUUAGGGCAGGCUCCAGCUAUGAUGCCUCAGCCCAUGAUUCCUUAUCAUAACUCUCGACAUCAUCAACCUCAUCAACCUCAUGUAAAUGAUGAUGCUUUAGCUAGAAAAAACAGAAACUCCUUCAACUCUGAUCUGACAGAAAGAUCUGAUAAUAUUGGUAUUCCAAGAGUAGAUCAUUCGAGAUUACCUAGACAUCAUAAGUAUCGUUCAGGAAAGGAGAGACCAAGACCAGGUAGACCAAGGCGCAGAACAACUAGACCAAAGGGAAACUGUGCACUUGAUGAUAAAGAUGACUGGACAGAUGAUAAUACAUCUCCUAUUAUAAUAAACCAUUUACCAAGUGGGGAACCUGGAACGAUGUCAUCAGAAUCUGACAAAGAUGGAAUUCCUCAUCAAUUCAUACCUUAUCCUCAACAAGUUCAUGGUAUAUCCCCUACUAAUGCACAACAUGCAGUACUUCAGACUAGUCUUGACCCUCACUCACCCAGUAUGAACUCAAAGAAGUCUGUGGAAAGUGCAUGUGUUGACAUGUCUUGGCCACAUGUUAUGAAGUCAGGCCUUCCUGUAGGUAAGCAUGGAAGAGAGAGAUCUGAAAAGUCUAAUGGUCAAUGCCACCAUUCUUACCCUUCAAAUCUUGAUGAUCCUUCACAUCUGGCCAUGGGAACCAGCUGUGAAGAUCAUGGCGAUGAAGACUGUGGCGCAUGGGAUAGUGAAUGUGGGGAUGUGUAUUGGUGUGGUGGUGGUGAGGAACGAAUUAGUGCUUGUGAAGUCAGUGGAUGUGAAAACUCCAGUCUAUGUGAUGGAGCAUGUGGAGCUCGGGAUGAUCUUUGUGGGAGUCCAAGUAGUGAGGCAGGAACCAGCAUUGGUGGAGCUAGUGUUGACCCUGCUGUAGGUACAAGCCCCAGAGGUAGUGUUAAUAUAUCUGAUUCUCCCUAUGACUCACCAUUACAUCGACUUCAUCAGAACACUCCAGAUAGUGGGUCUUUAGACUCCAGUUUACUUGAGAGUCCAGGUAGAACAAAGUAUGACUUCGCAUUUGAUAAAGCUGCACCUUUUCACAGUACUCCAAAAGAUAAUGCAGAGUGUGUUGCAAAUGAUCUUCCAGAGCAAGAUUUAUCAAUGACUGACAAAAGUGAUCAUCACCUGGAAGUGGAAGAUCCUGAUGCAGAUAGUUCCAGUGAUGUGAACAAUAGCAAUUUGUGUGUGACUGGGAUGAGUACAAUGGAUACUGUGGAUUCAUUUGGAAAUUCUAUUUUUUGUUUAACAAACAGUUCUGAGGAAACUGUACUGAGAAAUGAUGGUGAAAAAUCCUCAGAUGGCCAGAGGAUGUGUAGUGAUGAUGAAAGUAAUCCUGGCAAUGAUAAAAGUAUGAGAACUGACAGCCAUGAAGGUACAAUAGAUAGUGAACUAGAGGAAGGUGAAACAAGCAGCAGCAGAGAAGCAGAAUCUAAUCCAAAGAUAGAAACGUGUGUGUAGCUAACUUUUUUUUUUUUCAAGAAUUGUAUCAAGAAUUGUACAGUAUUUAUAUUUUAAAAGUUCCUGUUUGUGGCAUUUCUUUUUAUAUGCAUUGUGCUAUUUCACCUAAAUAUUUUCUAUGUACAGUCUGUAUAGAUACGUAGAAAAAAUCAUUUGUACAGUUUCAAUAUAGAUUUAUAUUUCUAAUUGAUAUGUGUAAAAUAUAUGGCUCACUUUGAACAUAUCAGCCAGUUACAAGCUUUUAUAACAGUAUUCAUAUGUGUAUGAAUCUUUAAUUGUAUAACCAUACAAACUGUUAUUUUAUUAUGAUACAGUGAAGGCGAUGGGUUCAUUAUUAAGAUGAGAAAUGUAGGCUUUGUUAGUAUCACUCUUUUCUACAUAAACAUUUGAUUUUUGAGACAUGAAGUAUGGUGGCAUUCUUGUCUCCAUACUGGGAAUAGAAAAAUAUUCUUCAUACAAGGCGUUGUUUAAUGAGAAAAAUAAUAAACGUGGUAAAAAUACUAAAAUGAACAACUGAAUGCAUCAGAAGUUAAAAUUUGGGUAUGUAAUAGCGAGAAUGCAUAAUAAAUAUUACACCCGUGUAAAUGAAAUGGAAAACAUCAGAGGAAAAUCACAUGUAACACAUUUUCAGGGGAAAAUAAUUAAUUUUUUUUUUAUUAACUUACAGGUUUUUUUCAAUUUACUUUUACUUAAUGGGGAAUAGACAGACUUUUGUGCAAUACAAAUGGGGAUUAGCCUUCUGAAUUUAUGGUUUAUAAUUUAUAUAUAUAUUAUAUAUGUAAUGUAUUAUAGUUAAUACUUAAUACUAAACACAAAUUUGAAAACACUGUAUCUCGUUGAUAAAUGCUAUUAAGUAAUUUUAAUAUUUCAACCAAAGAUGUUUUGAAAGCUUGGGGUACAGAAAAAUUAGUGUUGGCCAGUGCAUUCUACUAGGGACUGGUGAAUGUGACAUCAUGUCGCCAGGCAGUUAAAGAAUCUAACUAACAAACUUGACAAAA